AUGGUUAGAGAUAUCAGAACUGCUGUUUUGGGAUCCGUUAGUGUUCUUGUACUAUUUCAUCUUGUUAAUGUUACACGACAGUCUUCGCUAUCUGUCAGGACGAUGGUUCAGAUAGUCAUAAGGGGCAGUGUGGAUGGCAGCAGUCCUCCAGAAUGGCUGCUGGUAGAGCUGCAGGGAGAAAUGGUUUCCAGGCACAACUCUGGUCUGGCAGGAAAUAUAAUGGGAGACCUGCUCUACACCAAAGAGGGGACACCGGUGCUUAUUGUAGGACAUCAUAUUCUCUAUGGCAAGCAGCUGAAACUGGAGAAACCCCUCGCUGUCCUCACCAAGCAUUCCAGCCAUUUGCAGGAUAGCCAGGGCAGCCAUGGCAACAACAAUAGCAGCGAGGAUGUCACACAGGUCCCUAUGGAAACGAACCAGCGAGGACCCGCCUCCACCUCUUACACCGUGUCUGCCCUCAUCAAACGGAAGCUGAUCUUUAAGACACGCCCCAAACCCAUCAUCACUAACGUACCCAAGAAGGUGUAACGUGACCGCGUUUCUUCAUCGGGUCAGACGGACUGAUCCAUCUCACCUGCUGGACUUUACCGGAAGUGUAUUCAGCUAGUGUAAUCUCUGAUAUGAUGCAGUGUGAGACUUUGUCGUGCAGUUUGUUUAUACAGCACCUUGUCUUGAUGACUACUGCCAAACUUUAGCCUGAACAUAUUCUCACAGAGACUUUAAUGAGGCUAUGAAUGAAUGUUGUAAUGUUUUCCUGACAUCUGUAGAAAACGUUUAAAGCCCCAUGAGGGACUAAAUGCUGUUUUCAGAGGAUCUUGCAAACUAACGAUGACAUUGUGGAUGACAUUGUGACUGAAUAGUUUUCUGCAAAAACAAAAGAAAAAAUUAAAGAAUAUUUAAGAUCA